AUGGCAGAAGCGCUCGCGAUUGUUGGCGCACUCGCUGCAUGCUUGCAGCUCGCCAAAGGAUUUUCAGAACUCGGCAAGUCGAUUGUCGCAGCCAGCCAGGGCAUACGCUACGUACCAGAAUAUAUUUCGGAACUGAAAGAUAGCGCGGAGUUGUUUACGAUAAGCCUGAGAAAACUCGUCAGAGCUGCGAAGAAAGCAUAUAGCGAUAAUAAAGAAUCUACGGAAGCACGCGAGACUGCAAAAGCGAUGGAUAUUAUCAGAUCUCAAGGCAGGAAACUGAAACCAAAGAUUUACGACCUUGUAAGGCAAGUCGAGGGCAGGCUGUUCUCCUCGACAUUUUCGCAAUUGUUUAGCAAGCUUCGUGUACUGUUCAAGCAGACGGGUGUGCAAAGCCUUCAGAAUUCCUUACACAGGUUGAUGCAUACUACCCACCUACUCGGGUCGGGUAUCAUCCUUGACACACUUCUCGCACGAAUCAAGAAGCUAGAAGAUGAGGAUAUUCCUGUUUCAGAGGAUUUAAGAGACGAAGUGUAA